AUCUUGUCGUAUAUUCCUAUCAAUAUUCGAACGUAUUACUACAAAUGUAAGAGUUUAUGUGACUACCAGGCCAUGGCCGUCUUAUUUUCAGGGAUGGGCUUCUCCGGUAUGGAAGUGUCCAUGUGCCUAUGAGAGUACCCCAAACAGCUCUAAGAUUAGUUGGACCCUGGAGUCUCAAACCACCACAUGGCGCCACCAUGAGCUGUUCCUAGAGCAUGAGCUGUUCCUGGAGCAUCAGAUGGUUCCUGGCUAGCCCAGCAUUAUUAUACCACUUCAAACCACUAUAUCAGCGUUAUUUCCUUGCCCUCCCCAAAAACCCAAGUACAAUCUCCUAUCGUCACCUCACUCUUCCUCCCUCUCCCUCCCAUCCCCUUGCCGCCGCAGCAAUACCCCCUAUCCCCCUCAUCCUCCACAUAUACCUCACCGUCGCAAAAAUGGGCUCCACCCAAGCCAUCCUCUCUAUCCUCAUCCUCAUCCUCGUCAUCGCCCGCAACCACUUCCCCGGCCGCCUCCUCGCCCUCCUCCAUCGCCAGGGAAAUCUCCUCACCCACCCCCUCCCCGCCUUCGUCCGCCGCCACCCCCAUCUCCAAGCCCUUUUCCACCACCAACCCCGCCUCCAGCCACUCAUCCACAUCCCCCCAUCUCGCCCACCUCGCCCACCGGCCCUCAACUACUCCCCCCUCGGCCGCCUGGCUCCGGAAACAAUACAGCUUAUCGCCUCUUUCCUCCCCCCCUCCGCCGCCGCAUCCUUUGCCAGUACGUGCCUCGCCAUCCGGCUGAUGACAGGGACGCAGUACCUCGCCCUCCUCUGCGCCUCCCCCGCCGAGCUCCUCAUGCUCCUCGAGUACAUCACCGUCGACCUCCCCCUAGACCCCAUCACCGAAGUCCCCCCCCGCCUCCUCUGUCUCUACUGCGCCCGCCUCGUCCCCUACAUGCACCUCUGCACCGCAUCCCCAACCCCCCUCUGCCAACAAGCCUACGCCCAGUUCUGGCCCUACGUCCCCCCCAACUUCCGCCACCAGAUCUUCCACACCGCAAUGACCAUGUGCCGCCACGGCCGCUCGCCCUGGGCCCUCCUCGGAAACCUCAAGCCCCGCUCCACGACCACCACCCGCUACGACGGCGGCAUCACCUCCCAGACGGCCUGGGAGUACCGCAUCAUCCACGGAUCCCCCUACCAGCGCACGAGGGUCUCCAUGAUCCUCCCCCGCGAAGACGCAAAUUACAACCCCACCGUGCAGCCAUGCCCGCACUACGCCAGCUACCACAAGGCCAUGGGCCGCAAGGCGCUGGAGGUGCAGGACCUGGUGCGCCAGACGCCGAAGCUGCGCGCGUGCUCGGACAUGGUGUCGUGCCGGCACUGUCGGACCGUGCUGCGCGUUGGCUGCAGGAAGUUCCGGGGCCUGGGGCUGGGACUGUUUGUGACUUGGUGGAUGGAUGUCGGGGAUGGGGGGUGGAUUAUGGGGAGGAAACAGGGGUUGGGGUGGAAGGAUGUCAGGUAUACGAGGAAGUGGGCGAUGAAUUAUUUUGAGCAUAUGUGUUCUACGCAGCGGUAUUUUGACUUUGAGGGUAUGGAUUCACUAAAGGAUAGGAGGGAGUUGUUGGCUACGGCGAGGGGGGUUCUUAAGGGGUAGAAGCUUUAUAGGGGUUUUAUGUUUGUAAUCGCUGUUCUCUUGGUUUAUAGUAAUAGACGCUCAUAUACUGUCCUGUUAUCCCAUGGGAAUAGACCUCCCCUCCUUCUACAUUUACAACUACUAGCACCCCUUACAAAAAGAACAGACAGAAUCAUAACAUAACAUAUUCUCAAUUCC